UGUUGAAAAUUGAAGGAAGGAUGUUAGGCAAAUGUGACUGCGUGGGAUGAAGUUACGGUCUCCCAGCUCACUGUCCAGAGGAAACGGAUCUCCCCCGUGGACAGAGAGGUGGAAACCGAGCAAGAGAGCUGAGUGGUUGACAUCAUCAGGCUGAGCAUUGGGUUACAACAAAUGGGGACUUACUUGGCCCGGGACGUGGGAAACACCCACUAAAACCUCGAAGUGCAUUUCAUUUAGAGACGCCGAGAGGGAGAGAGGGCAAGAAAGAAUCCAGACUGCACCGCUGGCCUGGUCUGCUAAUCUCGCUACCCUCAAAAGGGAGGCGUUUUGAAUGCUGGUUUCUUAAAUUCUCCCUUGGCUUGGACUGAGGAGCCCUGGACCUUGGAGAAACUCUGCUCUUAAUUUCCACACUGAUUACUCAACAGCGGAAAAUCGGAAGAGAUGCAAGUAGGAAAAAGAAACUAAACCAGGUCUGAGGAGCGAUGCGACAGGCAUGAUGGAGGUUGAGUCCUCCUACUCGGACUUCAUUUCCUGUGACCGGACAGGUCGUCGGAACGCAGUCCCUGACAUCCAGGGGGACUCUGAGGCCGUGAGCGUGAGGAAGCUGGCUGGAGACAUGGGCGAGCUGACACUCGAGGGGGCAGAAGGACAGACAGAGGCGGGCGCCCCAGACAAGGCAGCCAGCAGCCAGCCCGAGAGCAGUGAUGGGACCACCUCGUCUUGAGUCUGACCUUGCCCAUGGAGGAUGGAAAAGAGACCUGCUGUCCUUGCCUGGACUGGGAGCCCUGGCACUGGCCUGGCAGCCUCUUCUCUGAGCCCCGGUCCCAGGCAGGCCAGGCCAGAGUGAAAAGGCAUCCCCAGAGGCCACCGCGGCCCCUUCCCCGGGAAGGCCCUCCACCUGCACCCUGAGGCUCCCCUCGCCCACCACCUCCUCACUGUGCCCAGGUACACUUCCGGGACCCCGCAGCUGUGGGGCAUUAUUUAUUCAGUGGGUGCCUGAGCAGCCCCCCCAAGAACGCACCUCCAGAGGUGGCCUGGGCAGCAACCCCAGCCCAGCUCUGCCCCACUGCCCCCCCAAGCCCAACCUUCUGGGUCAAGAUCUUCAUAUCCCUUUUUUAAAAAACACUUUUAAACUUUUUAAAAACUUUAAACUUUUUUUCAGCAGAGGGGGCGGGAGCUGUGUUUGGGUUUUUUGGAAGGCAUUAUAAGUUAAACUGACCGUCUGUGCGGCUCUGCGUCCCCUCAUGGAGCUCUGCAGAUCCAUUUCUAGGCAAGGGUUUUGUGCUCAAAACUGUCUGAUCAACUCUUUGCCCUUUCUACCGAGAUAAGUGACACCUAGGACCCAGGAAAUAAAUGCUGAUGAUUUGUGUGA